GUGAGUUGUUGAUCCAAAAUGGCGACGCUUGUGAUCCCUAAAGAGUACGGCUAUGUCGUUCUUACUGGAGUUUCGUCGGCUUUCUUGAUAACUUACUUAGCAAUGAAUGUCGGCAAAGCAAGGAAGAAGUUCAAAGUCGAGUACCCUAAGAUGUAUGACGACAAGGAAAUAGUGUUCAACUGCUAUCAAAGAGCUCACCAGAACACGCUUGAGAACUAUCCCCAGUACCUGAUGCUGUUGUUGAUUGGAGGACUCAAACAUCCAAUUGUGUGUUCAGUUGGUGGACUUGUUUGGAUUCUUGGCAGGAUUGCUUAUGCCCAUGGCUACUACACUGGAGAUCCAUCAAAGCGCAUGUAUGGAGGAUUUGGCUACCUUGGCUUGUUUGCCAUGCUUGGGUCAACAGCUCACUUCGCUUUGGAUCUUCUUGGUGURUUGUAAGCAAUCGCUGUAACACAACASACUCRRCKUUCAAGUWARUUUGUAUCCUCUGGCGUUAGUUUAAAUGUACCCAUGUUUGUAUAUGUAUACAGGUUUUUAGACUUUGUAAAUUGAAUUUAAACCUUGAAAAUAAUAAACCAUCUAUGUGAACUUAUGUUUUAAA